UUCAUGCUCCUGGUCCAGUGAUCUGAGCUCUGCAUUGAUGGCUUCACAGACAUCUUUCGCUCCUAUCUUUGACCCUCUGCUUGUAUAUUGCAGAAGACAUGGGUCAGCGGCAAGCAGUCAGCUCAGCACCAGAAGAAAUAGAUGAGUCAGCUGUAUUUGUGGGACAUCUGGAAGACUUUAAACAAUCCAAGAGGGUCCGAGCCCCAGUGAAAGAUAGAGAAGUAGUAAUAUUUAAUCACCUGGGGAAAUUUCAUGCUCUGGAUCUCCGUUGUUACCAUGCUGGAGGCCCAUUACAUCUUGGAGAAAUUGAGGAUAUCGAUGGAAAGGCCUGUGUUGUUUGCCCUUGGCACAAGUAUAAAAUUGCUUUGGAAAAUGGAGAGGGUCUAUAUCAAGGAGUCAAUCCCCAAGACCCAAAUAAAACCAAAAAAUGGUACUCAAGAGGGGUAAAGCAAAGGACCCACAAAGUGACUGUGAGAGAUGGUGCUGUCUAUGUAACACUGUCAGAUGCUACUGCUAUCUUUGACUCUGAUUUCUAUGCAAAAGAAAAGUUUAAUGAUGCAGACCGCCCUAACCCAGAAACAUAAGUUUAUAUUUGCCGUUAUCAAAGUUAAUUCUAUUAAUAGACUUUAUCCAUUCAUUUGCUGCCCUGUUCUUUUAUGUAAUUAUUCAGUACUAAAAUAUCCUGGAAAUUUGCUGUAACUCAUAUAAAUAUGGUAUAAUGUCACCUGCCAUCAGAAUAUUAUUUUAUCGAUUUCUGAGUAAAAAUAUUUUUGUGGGACUUAUUUAAUAACAUAGUGCAACAUAAUAGUGUUGUCUGGUUGGCUUGAUGUUUGCUUUAAUUUAUAAAUGGCUAGAAAUGACAGGUAUAAUAUGAUAGAUUACUG